CUGCAGCACCCCGCCAUGGAGCAGGGGCCGGCCGGGGGGGCCGGCGGCGGCGCCGCCAGCAGCGGCGGCAGCGGCGGAGUGCUCCUGGCGCUGAGCGAGAGCGAGCAGCAGCGCUACUCCGAGCUCUUCUCGCGGUGCUGCCCGCCCCCCGAGGCGGCGGCGGCGGGGGGCAGCAGCGUGGGCGAGCUGUUCCGGGCCUCCCAGCUGCCCCCGGACACGCUGCACCAGAUCACAGAGGUGUGUGGUGCCAAGCGUGUGGGAUACUUUGGGCCUGCCCAGUUCUACCUUGCUUUGAAGCUAAUUGCAGCAGCACAGUCUGGCUUCCCAGUGCGAAUCGAGAGCAUUAAGAAUGAGCUGCCCCUGCCGCGGUUCCCGGCGCUGAAAGCUGACGGCGAAGCCUGGUAUGGGACCCCUGCAGAGCUCCAUCCCGGGAAGUUUCAGCUCCCCCAGGCAGCCUUGGAGAAAAACUCCUACAAAAGGGCAGAUGAAGGGGACAAGCAGGAAGCCAAGUCCCCACCGCUGUCUCCCAUCUGCUCACCUCCUGCUUCUCCAUCUACUUACCAGAGAAUGGCCUUGACUUAUGGAUAUGGCAAAUCAAGAAGUGGGCUGGAGCAGCAGCAUGGAGCUCCUUAUGAAGUCAGGCACUCUGCUCACCAGCAGGACGGACCAGGAAGCUAUGGAGCCAAACCUGCCCUUGCCUGUUCAACUCUCAGCAGGUCUCUUUCAGUGGAGCAGGAGCAGCAGGACAGCAGCAGCCACUACUCAGAUGACCCUUGGAGGAUAACGGAGGAGCAGAGAGAUUACUACGUCAACCAGUUCAAGUCCCUGCAGCCUGACCUCAGCUCCUUCAUUUCAGGUUCAGUGGCAAAGAACUUCUUCACCAAAUCCAAGCUGCCCAUCCCAGAGCUUUCUCACAUCUGGGAGCUGAGCGACGUGGACUGCGACGGGGCCCUGACGCUGCCCGAGUUCUGUGCUGCUUUCCACCUGGUGGUUGCCAGGAAGAAUGGUUACCAGCUGCCAGAGAGGCUGCCAGAGACGCUGCUGCCUGAGUACCUGCAAGCAGCUUCCUUGAAGCCCAUCCAUGACUGCACACUGUUUGAUUCCUACUCUGAGGCGUUGCCAGGGGCUCAGCAGAGUCGGGACUUCAGCCGUGCGGAGAAGCCAUCAGCUGAAGAGGCUCCUGCUAGCCCUGCCCUGUUACAGGAUGGAAAGAAAGAUGACAAACAAGCUCUUCAAGGAAGUGCUGCUCUCAAAACCAUACCAAAGGAAUUUCAGCACUUGACCAUGAAAACAGCUGCUCAGGAAUCCAGUGCACUCAGAGCCAGACCACGCUCCAGGUCUUACUCCAGCACAUCCCUAGAAGAUGCCAUGAAGAAGGGAGAGGAGCCCCCAACUCCGCCUCCAAGGCCACAGAAAUCACAUUCCAGAGCUUCCUCUCUGGAUCUGAAUAAGAUAUUUCAGCAAAACACCCAAGCUGCGAGGUCUGGCUGGCUGCCUCCACCGCCGCCUGCGCUGCCCCCUCGGCCUUCAGUCUCUCAGACAGAGCAGCCCUCUGAGGUUGAAUUACAUCCUCAGCUGAGCAGAGCCCCAGCACAGGCAGAAGAGAGCAGCCCAGCAAAAAAGGAGGUGGUCCUCGCUCAGCCGCCCUCCAAACCUGCCCGCAGGAAGCUCCGGCCGGAGGCGCAGGGGCUGGAGACCCCCGAGCUUUCUCCCACUAUCAGUGGGACUUCUGCCCUGCCAGCAGCCAAGGCUCACCUCCCAGCCCAAAAGCAGGCUUCCAAGCAGAAGAGGGCAAUCCAGACAGCCAUCCGCAAGAACAAGGAGGCCAACGCCGUGCUGGCCAGGCUCAACAGUGAGCUCCAGCAGCAGCUGAAGGAGGUGCACAAGGAGCGCAUCGCCCUGGAGACCCAGCUGGAGCAGCUCCGACCUGUCACUGUCCUCUGACUCCCCACCCUGCAGCAGCAG